CUUACAGUGGUGGUCAGUGGAAAGAAUAUUCCUUACAUUGGUGGUCAGUUGGAAGAAUGCUCCUUACAUUGGGGUCAGUUGGAAGAAUGCUCCUUACAUUGGGGGUCAGUUGGAAGAAUGCUCCUUACAUUAGUGGUCAGUUGGAAAGAAUGCUCCUUCCAUUGGUGGUCAGUGGGAAGAAUGCUCCUUACAUUGGGGGUCAGUGGGAAGAAUGCUCCUUACAUUGAUGGUCAUUGGGAAGAAUGAUCCUUACAUUGAUGGUCUGUGGGAAGAAUGCUCCUUACAUUGGUGGUCAGUUGGAAGAAUGCUCCUUACAUUGGUGGUCAGUUGGAAGAAUGAUCCUUACAUUGGUGGGCAGUGGGAAGAAUGCUCCUUACAUUGGUGGUCAGUUGGAAGAAUGCUCCUUACAUUGGUGGUCUAUAGGAAGAAUUCUCCUUAUAUUGAUGGUCUGUGGGAACAAUGCACCUUACAUUGGUGGUCAGUUGGAAGAACUUUCCUUACAUUAGUGGUUUUUGAGGAAAAUGCUCCUUACAUUGGUGGUCAGUAGGUACAAUGCUCUGUAAA